AUGAAACCACUUCCUCUAUCGCAAAGCAGCGGCGCUACUACCGCCACCACCACCAACCACAGCAUCACCAACAGCAGCAAUGAAUACGAAGAAGCGCUAGACCAGCUGCAACCACUACAACCGAUCCUCCAAGGCUUCAACCAUCGCAACCGGAACCAGCACCGGCGCGCAGCAUGGUGGGCCUCCUUCGGGAUGCUACGGCGACACGUCGACCGGCUAGUCUAUGAACUCCUUGACUUCGUAUCUGCCUCUCUCAGAACUAAAAGCAAUAGUGGCAGCAAGAAGCGCAAACAUGAUGAAGGCGGCCGUGAGAGCAAGAUUUUGCAAAAGAUAAAAGGCGAUGAGGAAAGAUUACGCGGUCACGUGGAGUGGUUGAGGGAUGUGUUGGUACCGAAGUGUUAUUUAGCAUUUUCGCAGCUAGCAGCAGAUAAUCAAUUUGCGACGCUCGGCGUUGUGCUGCUGGGCGCGCUGGCCCAGGUAAACGCCGCCUGCACAAGAGUUGUGGGUGAAACGGCUGCUGAGGAGGAAAACGCUGCAUCCACCACUGUGCGUGAGCCUAGCGCCACCGCACCAGUGAAGGAACUCAGCAAUUCAAGUGGUACAGAACCAUCCAACCGGCAAGGAGGUGCAGUGAUAUCACGGGAUGCGGUAGAGAAGUUGCGACGGAAGAACGCUGUAUCAGAAGAGAAGAAAGCUCAACUUCCAUCCGACACUAGAUCCGAUACCACAAAAAAGACGAAAGAUCACGACGAUGACGCCAUAUCUACCGGAAAGCAGCGUGGUGUAACCACGAAAACCAAGGCUAAGGAUGCGGAUAACGCACCUAGCAGCGAGGAAAAAGUAAAACCACCCAAGAAGAAAAAGAAGACCAAAAAGGGUGGCGGCGAUGAAUUCGAUGCCCUAUUCAAGGGUCUAUUCUAA